AGGGCAGGAGCAGUGCGCGCGGGGCGGGGCCGCGGCGACGCCGGCGCCCGCAGGUCCCGUGACAGCGCCCGCCGCCCGCCGCCCGCCGCCGCCGGCAUGCAGCGCCCCCCGGCGCUCGUCACCUCCAGGCGCGUGCAGAAUGCCCACACCGGCCUGGACCUGGCCGUGCCGCAGCACCAGGAGGUGCGGGGCAGGAUGAUGUCCGGCCACGUGGAGUACCAGAUCCUGGUGGUCACCCGGCUGGCCGCCUUCAAGUCGCCCAAGCACAAGCCUGAGGACGUGGUCCAGUUCCUGGUCUCCAAAAAGUACAGCGAGAUCGAGGAGCUGUGCCAGAAGCUGAGCCGCCGCUACCCGGCGGCCAGCCUGCCCCCGCUCCCCAGGAAGGUCCUGUUCGUCGGGGAGUCGGACAUCCGGGAGCGGAGGGCCGUCUUCCACGAGAUCCUGCGCUGCGUCUCCCAGGACACCGAGCUGGCCGGCAGCCCCGAGCUGCUGGAGUUCUUAGGCACCAGCUCCGCGGGGGCGGCCGAGCCCGGCGGCAGAGGUGUCUCUGCCCGGGGCACAGGCGGCCCGGCCGCGGACGAGGGGGAGACUCCCGACUUCUUCCAGCAGCAGGAAGGCGCCGAGGGGCCGCCCAGCCCUGGCCGGGAGGAGGACACGGGGAAGUCCUCGGAAGAGGAGGAGGAGGCACUGGACCCCUUAGGCAUCAUGCGCUCCAAGAAGCCGAAAGCGCGCCCCCAGGCAGCCGCGAAGCCCAGACCCUCGCCCCGGCUCACCCUCUUCGACGAGGAGGCGGGCCCCAGCGGGACGCGCUCCGCCGGGGGCUCCGCAGAGCACGCGCCCGCCAGGGACCCCCUGACGCUGUUUGAUGACCCUGACCUCGGAGGGGCCGUCCCCCUGGGGGACCCCCUGCUGCUGCCGGCAGCCCCUGCGAGCGGAGAGGCCUCUGUGGAGCUGUUCAGACUCGAAGAGGACUUGGACCAGAUCCUGAACCUGGGGGCCGAGCCCGAGCCCCGGCCCCCACCCAAGCCCAAACCGGCCGUGGGGGCGGCGAAGCCGGCGGCGCCCCCGAGAGCGGGCCCGUCGGAGGCCGCGGCCGGGCCACCACCACCGCCGCCGCCGCCGAUCCACGCCAUGGACGAGAUGGACAUCCUGCAGUACAUCCGGGACCACGACGCACCGAGCCAGGCCGCCCCCAGCCUCUUCUGACCUCCCUGCUCCGUGCUGGCCCCUGUGGCAAGGGGUGGGGGGCUGUGCCUCGCGGGCCCGGAUCUCUAGUGCCGGGCGGGGAAGCCGAAGUCACGGGACCCCCGUCCUACCUCGUGCCUUUGUCUCUGGCCCCCUGCGGGGUACGGAGAGAGGGUCCCCAGAGGAGCUGAGCCCAGCUGUCUCGGCCACAGCCUGGGGAGGGGGAGCAGGUGGGGAUACUGGCUAGCCCGGAGCCUGGCCCCAGCAAGGACUGGGACGGGAGCCCAGGGCAGCUCACGCAGGACGAGGCUCUGCGCAGGGCGGAGCGGCUGCCACCCUGGGUGGGGCUGGGCGGCAGCGUGGCUCCUGGGCCUGUGGCUCCGGGAGGGUCCCCCACGAGAGGGGUGUGGAGCGGGUGCCUGGGGGAGCCUGGCGGGUUCCUAGGUGCCACGCAGGGUGCUUUCCUGGGUCCAGUGUAGAGAGACCAGGCCAGCCCUCCUGGGGUAUGGAUGGCCCAGCAGGCCCAGGUCUCCUCUCUGCCUGUCCCAGGGAGACCCGGCCAGACAGACCCUGGCCGCCUGGGGCCUCUGGCCUUCGAGCCGGUGCCACCCGCAGCCCUGAGCUGUGAUCCCCGGGCCCUGUGGAGCUUGGCGGGGCCAGUGCCUUAGUGUCCGCCCCCCCCCCGGCCCUUCGCCGGCACGGCCGGGGCCUGGUGUGACGCCCAGGAACCCUCCGUGAAUGAAUGACCUCUCCUGAGCCAAGCUUGCCUUUCCCCGGUGGAGUCCUCAUGCGCAGGCCCAGGCUCCUGAGACACGGGGGUCUGUGGAAUGCAGCCACUCUUGUCCCGUGGCUCGUGGAGGCUUGGGAAGCGGGGUGAGACCUGGACCCCAGACCUUUUCUGUCCGGGGCCAGCAGACAACCCUGAGGGAGGCACCCCUGCCCGAGCCGGGGGCUGGCUGCCGCUGGAGCCUUAGUUCCCUGUCCCUGCCCUGCGCCGGGGCCCAGGGUGGAGGGAGCACUGGGUCUGCCCUGCCAUGCGUCUCUCUCCCCCCCCCCCCCGUCCGUCCAUCCUGGACAGGCCGUCCCUGCUCUCCCCCUGCACCAGAGUGAGAGGACACGGGCAGGGCAGGGCAGGGCAGGGGCUGGGAGCUGAACUCCUCCUCCUCUGCCUCACCCAGCUCCCAGGGCCCGGCUCCUGGCCCUGAGCGGCUCUGGGACAGCCUCAGGCCCGAGGCGUGCCACGCCCGUUCCCUGCUGGCCUCCCCGCCUCGCCCGGCCUGCCUGCCCACCUCCCUGCUGAAGGAGGGGGACGGGGGGACGGGGGUGGGCCAGUUCUGCCUGGGCUCUCACCUGCCCAGUUCUCAACUCUGCCCCCCACACCAGCGCCCUGCCCCUCCCUGUCUGACAUGUGACGGGGGAGCAGAGAGCACCUGUGCAGGGCUGGCCCUCAGGGGGGGGGUCAUAGACAGAACCUGCCACCAGCUGUGCGUUCCUCCACCACGGCCCGCCUCCUGGGCGCCCCCGUGCUCGCCAGGCAUCUCUGUGGCUCUGGUCCUGCAAUAAAGCCCAUCGUGACUCCUGCCA